AUGAGAAAUGGCGAUAACGGGGUGAUAUUUGAGUCUCAGGAUCCGAUAUUGUUUCGCACUCAGCGUGUGGAGACAUUGUCGGAUUUGAAGAGUUUGAUAUUGAGCAAGCUUUGGGGAACACAAGCGAGUAAAAUCGGAAGGGUGGCCUAUAGGUUGCUGGCACCCAUAGAAAAUGGAGUCUUCCGGUUUCGGCUAUUCCGACUUCACGGGGACGAGCAUGUGCGACUGAUGUUCGACAUUCAUGGGAGGAUCAUGAGUGAACAGGUAAUGGAGCUAUCCGCCGAGGUGGGUCACGGUGGUAGUGGGAGUUCUGCACAGGACACGUAUGUGCAGGAUAACCGACCUCUCGCACCACCGCCGAUUCAUAUCACGAUUCUGGAGAAUGAGGCAGAGGAGGGUGAGGAGGAGUCAGACGAGGACUACGUGGCGGACAGUGGAGACAGUGAGUCUUCCGAUGACAACGAUGAGGAUGAGUUUGUGCCGGAGACACCUGCAGGGGCUGUGUCACGCCAUGUGCUACCUCCACCUCAUCCGAUUCCAGUACUAUCGGUUGUGCCAAGUCACUAUCACAGUCUAGAUCUGGACGCCAUGCAUGAGAGGAUUUCAGUUUCUGACACCUGUGGAGUGGAUUGCAAUCUAGACAGCGGUGUGGAGUUUCGGGUUGGACACAGGUUCAGAAGCCGAGAGGCGGUGCUUCAAGGUUUGAAGAACUACAGUAUUUGCAGGAGUGCUGAGUUCCGGGUGAUCGAGUGUGACCGGUUAAAGUACCAUGUGCAGUGUCGUCAAGCCGACAGUGGGUGUAAAUGGAGCCUCCGUGUGGCCCUUCGUCAGAAUCUCGGAUACUGGAGGUUCGGAGAUUUGGUGGACCACACAGCUGCAUGGCACCCACCAUGUCUCAAGACCAUCGUCAGUUAG